AUGUUAACACGUUUCGACUUCCGUUUUGUGCAGAAGCUAACUCAAUCACUCGGCCAGAGGGAGGUUGGUUCUGGUCUUUACGAUUUCCUCACCACCUUUGGUAAGUAUUUUGACAAAGGAGUGGGUGGUGAUGAUGCGGGUGAGGGGGAGGAGUUGGACAACUUGGAGCAACAUGGGCCGGCCGCAGAGGACACAGGUGCCCCGCCCGUGAUUGAUGCGGAAAUAGUCGCGUUGGGGGCCCUGGUUGCUGACGGCGCACGAAUCGAUCUGGUCAAUGCGCGUCAGAGCGACACGGAUGGGGAGCCACCUGUUCCAAGGGAGAAUGCGCGCGAAAUCCUGCGUGGAAUGAGGGAGACGCAGCAGAGGGCCGCACAAGAGGAAACCCAGCGUUGCGGAUCGGAGACCCUACAGCAGAAGGAGGAGGGGGAGAGGAUGGAGGAGGAGCUUGCAGGGGCUUUACAGGCAGUGCACCUUCGGGUCGAGAAUGAUGAACAUGAGGAGGGGCAGGGUUUGGAAAUGAGGCAGGGGAGUCUGAAUGUCGUUGGCGAAUUGGAGGAAGAGGUGCAGAUGGCGGAACGCGACAAUACCGUGGUGUAUCAGAGGCGGGAGGCACGAACAAAGAAGAGGGAGCGGACGAGCCUCGAAAAAGAGAGGCGUGUUGAGCUCGAAAAAGAGGAGGCGCGGCAGAGGGAGGAGGAAGAGAGUAAGAGGCUAGAGGAGCCGGUGGAGCGCGAAAAGGAGGAGAAGCGGCAGAGGGAGGAGGAAGAGGGGAAGAGGGAGGAGGAUAGGCGGGCUGAGCGCGAAAAGGAGGAGAAGCGGCAGAGGGAGGAGGAAGAGGGGAAGAGGGAGGAGGAUAGGCGGGCUGAGCGCGAAAAGGAGGAGAAGCGGCAGAGGGAGGAGGAAGAGGGGAAGAGGGAGGAGGAUAGGCGGGCUGAGCGCGAAAAGGAGGAGAAGCGGCAGAGGGAGGAGGAAGAGGGGAAGAGGGAGGAGGAUAGGCGGGCUGAGCGCGAAAAGGAGGAGAAGCGGCAGAGGGAGGAGGAAGAGGGGAAGAGGGAGGAGGAUAGGCGGGCUGAGCGCGAAAAGGAGGAGAAGCGGCAGAGGGAGGAGGAAGAGGGGAAGAGGGAGGAGGAUAGGCGGGCUGAGCGCGAAAAGGAGGAGAAGCGGCAGAGGGAGGAGGAAGAGGGGAAGAGGGAGGAGGAUAGGCGGGCUGAGCGCGAAAAGGAGGAGAAGCGGGAAGGAGGCGAGGGAGAAGGAGGAGCGGGCGCGGGAAGAGGGUCGAGGACGAGGGGCGAGAGGCGCGCGAAGAGGAGGCGAGGGAGAAGGAGGAGCGGGCGCGGGAAGAGGGUCGAGGACGAGGGGCGAGAGGCGCGCGAAGAGGAGGCGAGGGAGAAGGAGGAGCGGGCGCGGGAAGAGGGUCGAGGACGAGGGGCGAGAGGCGGGAACGAAAGGCAGAGAGAGGUUGCUGGGUUGGGUGAACAAGGUGCAGGAGGGCAGCGGCGUGGGGAUGGAACUCGUCACACGUGCGAGGGCCAGAAGGGCGUGAGGGUCUGUCAAACGCAAGCAGGGCGGGGCGCAGGGGAAGGAGCUCGACAAGUGCUGGUUGGCGACCAGCCAGCCGAGGCGCAGCAGGGGACGACGGUUCGUCGGGCAGUAGAGGUGGGUUUAGCGGGGUUGGGAACUGGGGGACAGAUGGAGGAAGUCGGUGAGCAUCAUGGUCCGGAGUGCCAAAGGGAUCGACGGGAGGAGCAUGAGCGGCGUGAAAUGGGGGGCGCUCCGCAGAGGAACGAAAGGCAGAGAGAGGUUGCUGGGUUGGGUGAACAAGGUGCAGGAGGGCAGCGGCGUGGGGAUGGAACUUGUCACACGAGCGAGGGCCAAAGGGGCACGAGGGUCUUUCAAACGCAAGCAGGGCGGGGCGCAGGGGAAGGAGCUCGACAAGUGCUGGUUGGCGACCAGCCAACCGACGCGCAGCAGGGGACGACGGUUCGUCGGGCAGUGGAGGUGGGUUUAGCGGGGUUGGGAACUGGCGGACCGAGACUGGUGAUUCAGCGGGAAGGUGGCCGGCGUGAUGAUCAAACUGCUCGGAACAGGGUUGGCGAGGAAGACCGUAUGGGGGUCGAGCAGUCAAGACAAGCUGGUCGGCGAGAGGGUGAAGCGCGUCGAACGCUACAUGGUGAGAGAAUGGCGGAGGAGCAGGUCUGGCGUGGGGUGGGAUGGGGAGUAGGGGGAGCGCGACAAAGGGAGAAUCAGCAGAGGCAGGCGGGAGGACGGGUGGAGGAGGAGCUGGAGAGUGCGGCGAGUGCGCUCCCUAUGCAGAGGCGCCAUCCACGUGCGGCAGAGAAUCCUGCUGCGGUUUUCGAGGAGACGGAGGGAGGAUUUGAGGAGGCCGGUGACCGCAUCGCAGCUAGCGGCAGGGUGCAUACUACGCCAGAGUUAAUGCGGCGUCUGACGUUGGUGGCGAGGACCGUGGCCAGGAUUUCGUCGGAGCAAACUGUUCGCUUCAGCGACUGCAUGGCCGAGAUUCGCCAGUUUGGUUCGCAGAUGCAGGGAUGGGACUUGCGCUACUUGCAGGACUACGAUGAUCUAACGCACGAGUACCAUGUGCUAAAGGAUUCAGUGGUCCGGGAGCGCGACGAGCUCGUCCAAUUGCGUACUGCUCUUUCGACUGCAACAGCCGAGGCACGAGCGGCAGCAGCUGAUGCAGGUCGAGCAGCUGCUGCAGCGGUUGUGGGAACAUUGGAAGAAACGUUUGCGGGGUUUUUCGACACGGUUGCGGAGAGGCUCAAGGGUAUGGUGGAGCAGGCGAUGGAGGCAGCGUCAAAAGGGGGGAAGCUGGAAGCCACGAUGGCGCCCGAGUCCGUGAAUCACAUAGAAAAGGCUUUCGAAGAUAGUGUAUACACGGUGUGGGUGGAUCUCAAAACUUCGGACGACGCAAACAAGCAGACCUUCAAGGCCCUUCAGAAGGCUCUGGCAGGAUUGGCGAAUGAGGAGGGUGAGGCGGGCGCUGGUGUGGCGGAUCUCGACUUGUCUGGUCCAGUGAGUACAAACUGGAGAGCGUCGUUGGCCGCGAAGGAGUUGCAGAGAGAAAAGGAGAAGGAGAGUGCGGAAAGGAAGGCUGCCGAGGUUCGGAAGCGGACUGCAAUUCAGAGGACGCAAGCGACCAUUGCAGAGAAGACGCGGGCAAGGAUUGUUGGUAGCAGCGAAAGAGCGGCGGGAAACCGAGCGGCGGAUACAGCCGCAGAGCCAAGAUGGACGCGGGAAGAGCUUGCAGCUGCGUUCGAAAAGAGGCGGAAAGAGGAUGAGCAGGCGAAGGAGGCAGAGCGGGCCGAGAGAGCGGCGCAGAAAAAACGCAAGGCGGAGGACGAGAAGAGGGUUCGUGAGGAGCAGGCGAAGGAGGCAGAGCGGGCCGAGAGAGCGGCGCAGGAAAAACGCAAGGCGGACGAAGUGAAGAGGGUGCGUGAGGAGCAGGCGAAGGAGGCAGAGCGGGCCGAGAGAGCGGCGCAGGAAAAACGCAAGGCGGACGAAGAGAAGAGGGUGCGGGAGGAGCAGGCGAAGGAGGCAGAGCGGGCCGAGAGAGCGGCGGAGGAAAAACGCAAGGCGGACGAAGAGAAGAGGGUGCGGGAGGAGCAGGCGAAGGAGGCAGAGCGGGCCGAGAGAGCGGCGGAGGAAAAACGCAAGAAGGAGGAGGAAGAUAAGAGGCUGCGGGAGGAGCAGACAAAGGCAUUGAAGGUUGCUGAAGAGAAGCGGGCGGAGGCAUUGAAGCGGCAAAUGGAGCUCCAGGCAGAGCGUGAGAGGAUGCACGCACAGAUGGAGAAACUUGCAAAGUUAGAGGAAGUUGCAAAGGAGGAAAUGGAGAGGCAACAGGAGGAGUUGGAGGCGCAGAAGAAGAAGAUGGAAAAGAAGAGGCAACAGAUUGCGGCCACAGAUGUGGAGGGGGUAGCAGGGCAGGGGCAGGGAGGAGACGCGAUUCUUAGCGUGGUUCCGACGGCGGACCCCAGACAGCCUCUUGAAGUUGUGGAUCUCGCAGAAGAUGUGGAGUCAAUAGAUCUGACAGUCCAGGCUGAUUCAGAGUCCUAA